AUGGCACCCAUCGCCAUAUCCCCAGAGUCUUCUCCAAGGCUGAUCCCGGCUCCAGUCAAGGCUUUCCCUAUAAACAAGCCUGAGCUUACUGGUUGGCAGAGCGAUCUUGAAAAGAACGGUUUCGCCGUCGUCAAGAACGCGAUUCCCAGGGAACAUGCCGUGGGUUACCAAGAGAAGGCCUACGCGUGGCUCAAGUCAUUCAGCACCGAGCUCGACUUCAACGACCCUUCGACGUGGCUCAAGCAGAACUUGCCCGUCCAGAGCAAGAUCAACACCUUCCACUCGUACGGAGUGGCACAUGAAAAGUUUGUAUGGGAUGCGCGCAUGGAGCCUGGAGUCUUGGACGUCUUUGCCAAGAUCUGGGGUACGAACCAGCUCCUUGUGAGCUUCGACAGCUUGAACGUGACGUUCCCGAACAGGAAAGACGUCCCGCGGAAGAUGGCUUGGGAGCACGUUGACCAGAGCCCUCUGCGCCGGGGCCUCCAUUGCGUCCAAGGCAUCUUGAAUCUAUCCCCGGCAGGACCGGAGGACGGCGGUCUGGUGGUGUACCCUGGCAGCCAUGCACUUUUUGACGAAUUCUUUGAUACGCAAACCGAUAAGCAUGACUGGAACCCGUUGGAUCGAUACAUGUUUUCCGCCCAACAGCUGCAGUGGCUUAAGGACCGAGGCGUGUAUCCCCACAAGGUCUGUGCUGAUGUUGGGGAUCUGAUCAUAUGGGACAGCCGCACAAUUCACUACGGGGCCGAGCCUACAGAGAAGAGUACGCAGAUCAGGACGGUCAUCUACUCAGCAUAUACGCCGGCCAGGCUUGCUACUCCCGAACAGCUCGGUCUGAAGAAAAGAGUAUUCGAGGCGUACGGCGGAACAACUCACUGGCCACACGAUAACAUUAUUGCCCGAGCCACGGAGACAUUCCUGGAAGAUGGCACGCGAGACCCUCGGGACAGGGACUGCCCUCGCGACUUGCCUGAUAUGACGGACCAACUUCUCAAGCUUGCGGGCGCGAUGCCUUACUGA